AUGACAAUAAAGGACCUUGAUAGGUCCUUGACAAGAAUCCGGGUAUUUCAAGAUGAGUUGGAAUCUCAGGUUGAAGAAAGAGACAGAAUGAUUUCCGUACUUCAACUUGUUCCUUCAUUUAACGAUAACCUAGACUUGAUUAAUCAACUAGAGAAAAUGCUGAGGGUUAUGAAGUACUUUGAAGAAGAUUUCACUAGGGAAAUCAAUUCCGGUAUACCGAAAGAGGAUUAUGAUAGAGUUUUAUCCUUAUUUGACAAAAUAUAUAAUUCAUACAUAGAAAUAACAUCUGAUUUACAAAAGGAUACAUAUAUAGAUGUUUCAGAGUAUCAAUUCACAAAAAGUGGGGAUCUCCCCAAACCACCACACUUGCAACAUGGAAAGGACGCUGAAAAUAAUGAUGCCGCUUCUUCACCUGCAGGGGGUAAAGUAGUGAGGUUCAAGGAUAACUUAAUUGAGGACGAUCCAGAGGAUGUUGCUGCAAGGCAACAGUUAAUGAGUGGUGGUACCAAGUUUAAACCAUACACCGAUGUAGAGGAUAGCGAGACUUCUUCAAUCGCAUCUUCAUUUGAUGCACAGACUAAUCAGCAAAUGUUUGCUCAGCACCAACAACAACUAUUAGACCAAGAGAAUGAUUUAGGUUUCUUACUGGACUCAGUUCGCCGACAACACUCAAUGGGCCUUGGGAUUAACCAAGAGAUCGACGAACAUAUCAUAUUAUUGAAUGAUUUAGAAAAUGGUGUAGAUCGGGCUUAUACUAGACUUAGCCAAGCUCUGAACAGAUUGAAAUCUUUCCAGAAGUUGUGCAAGGAAAAUGGGAGCAUGGUUACGAUAAUUUUGCUUACAAUAAUAUUGAUUGUGUUAUUGAUUGUCUUGAAUUAA